AUGCGUCCCAGCUUCAGGUGCUUGCAAGUAUUACAUAGCGCCUCUCCGAGGGCGAAGAGCGUUAGCUUCAUCGGGCUCGGCCACAUGGGCCGCGAGAUGGCGUUCAACCUGUUCUCCAAGCAGCUCGCGCUGGAGCCCGAGACGUCUCGCUUUGUAGUCUGCGAUGCCAUCCCAGAGGCAGCCCAAGCCUUCCAAAGGAACUUUGAGAUUCACUUUCCCGGAUCUAAGAUCACAAUUGCGAAGACGCCAGCAGAGGCUGCUUUGGCUUCGCAGACGGUGAUCACGAUGCUCCCUUCUUCCCCACACGUGCAACAGGUCUACACCCAGCCCGAUUCCGGCAUCCUACCCGCCCUGCGCACCCUCUCCGAGGAGCAGGCGGAAGACAGUCUGUUCAUCGACUCUACUACCCUCGAUGUCCGGGUGGCUCAAGACGUCGCCGAGCUUGUAGCUAGAACAGGUGGACAGAUGGUCGAUGCUCCGGUCUCUGGAGGUGUGGUCGGAGCGAAGGCGGGAACACUGUCAUUCUUGGUCGGGGGCACAGAGGAAGCGUACCACCUCGCGUCGCCCUUACUCGCGCGUAUGGGGCAGCGGAUCAUCCACUGCGGUCCGUCGGGUUCAGGUCUGGCUGCGAAGAUAUGCAACAACCUCGUUCUCGGGAUCCAGCAAAUAGCCAUCUCCGAGGCGAUGUUGCUCGGGCAAGGGUUGGGGCUGGACCCCGCGGUUCUGGCCGGGGUCGUCAACAGCUCGACGGGCAACUGCUGGGCAUCCAACACGAACAAUCCGGUUCCGGGUGCCUUGCCGGAGAAAUCGCCACCCUGCGAGAGGGAUUACGAAGGAGGAUUCGCUACGGCGCUCAUGCUGAAGGAUCUGGGGCUCGCCUCGUCGAUCGCCAAGGCCCGAAACAGUCCGCUUCCCCUCGGAGAGGUGGCGGAGAAGAUAUACGCGCAGGUCAUCGACAGCAACGAGUCGUUGAUACGAAAAGAUUUCUCCAGUGUCUACUUGCAUCUCAGAGAUCAGAUGGAGCGGAGGUAGCAGUAGUUUUUUUGUAUGCCUGCAAAAUGAAGGUUUCCGACGCAUCGGGAACCGGAGCCC